AUGAAGGUCCAGCGAUGGCUUUUCAACGGUAACCCAGGAGCUUGGUACCGCCUUUCACCCGCCGUUACGCGAUUCAAUCAUCCAAACAGGCCACAUGCUCAGUUCAGCACCCAAAACUCUCCCUCCGUCGCAACUUCUUGCGGGUAUCAUCCUUUGAAAAUCCUCGACGAUGCGAGCAUAGAAAACUUCCGCAAGGAGCACUUCAUCGCCGAGCUUCCUGUUAUCCUCCCGCGCCGCCAUUUUCGCGAUCUACCUGCCUUUGGACGCUGGUUCCAGUCUUCUCCAUCCGAGCCCAAUGUAUCCCGAUUGAAUACCACACACCUUGAGCAGCAUGGCGCAGACGCUAUUGUUCCACUAGAACUUACACAGCCGUCGACAGAACCGGACAAGGAUGGUGUCAGUUUUAGACAAUUCCAUGCACCUCUCAGUCUUUUUCUGGAAUGGAUGCGCACGGCGGAGGAACAAUCGCAGUCAGUUCGACUGUAUCUAGCACAAUGCCAGCUAUCCGAUUUGCCACAGACGCUUCGUAACGACUUUGCAACCCCUGAACUUGUGUCCCAGGCGGGCAACGGCGAUGUGUACGACACCAAUGUGUGGAUCGGCUAUCCCCCUACAUACACCCCCCUUCAUCGUGACCCCAACCCGAAUUUAUUCGUUCAACUCGCUGGACGAAAAAUUGUGCGGUUAAUUGCUCCCGAUGAUGGACAGGCGCUGUUCGCGUCAGUAAGAAGGCAAUUAGGGAGGAGCGGGAAUCGCGAAGCUGCUGUGUUUCGAGGGUCAGAAAUGAUGCAGGGACGAGAGAGGACAUUGCUAGAAAAAGAGGUUUGGGACGAUGGUUUGAACACGGCCAGUUCGGCACGCAAGUAUGUUGGGUACGAAGCGCAGCUGGAGGCUGGUGAUGGGAUGUUCAUUCCGAAAGGAUGGUGGCAUAGCAUUAAGGGGGUAGGACAUGGUGUCACUGCUUCGAAUCCUCCGUCCGUCCCACCGAACUCCCGCACCACCAAAUCCACCACCAGCACCCAAUCUAUUUAUCCACCAAACCCACCUCCAGCAAUAGAAAACCCGGCCCAGAUAGAAGACAUGCACAAAUCCAUUUUAACGCGCACAACACUUCUACAUCUCAUCUUAAACCCAUUCCUGACAAUCCCAACGCGCGCUUCAACCACAAUCACACCUCCGACAAUCCUCUCCCAAAGACUAACCCGUACACCGAUUGCCUACCCCCAGUGUCCCUCCAAUCUCUAUCAAGAAAAAUCCUACUCCACAAUGUCAUCGUCCACCGACCAGAUCCAACAACAACAAUCCGACAAUGCCGCUACUGACUCCGCCACCGAAAAGAAACCAGAGCAGUACCUCGCCCUUCCCGACUCCAGCAGCGCCGACCAGACACAGCAGCUGGAUCUCAGCGGCGAUGGGUCGACGGUGAAAUUGGAUCACUUGGGUCCGUUGGUGGUCAACCAGGAUGGGACGUUAUCACGGAUCUCGAACUGGGCGCAGAUGGCGGAGAUUGAGAAGAAGAAUACGUUGCGGGUGCUGGGGAAGAGAAACAAACAACGGAUGGAGGCACUGAGGGCUGCUCAGGGAGCGCAGGAAGAGGGCAAAUAG